AUGGCUAACUUCGUUUGCUCUUUGGCCGGCCUGGCCGUGCUUGUCCUAGCUUCUCUCUCCGCGGCCCAGAAGAACGCCGAGGACAUGGGUCCGGCCGCUUUCAUGUGGCCCAAGGAUCGAGUUUGGUCCGCUGCCAUGGACAAUACGCCCCCUUGCGGCUCCGUUGCUGGCCCUGGGAACCGCACCCAGUUUCCAAUGAGCAAGCCUCGGCCUCACAUUGCCGAAUCUGCCAAUGAGUCUUGGGAUGCCGUUCUCAGCAUUUCAUACCUGCCUGACCCAAAGUUCAACAGCGACUUCACGACGCUCCUUGACACACAAUCCAUGCGUGAGCUGGACCGCGGGCACACUUGUGUGAAGGUGCCAGACCCGCCAUCGACGGUCAAGGCGGGAAGCAACGCAACGCUGCAGAUCAAGUACGUGUCCGAGUUUGACAAACCGGAAAACGAGACAUUCUAUGCCUGCGCCGACAUCACAUACAUUCCUUUUACCGACUUUCGCGAUCGCAUCCCCUGCUUCAACGCAACGGAGCCCGGCCGUGGCAAGGCUGGAAACAAAACCGGCAGCAAGUCUGCGGCAAGCUCGUCAUCCGUUCCGUCGGCUUCGGCUGGCGGCUCUGGUUCCGGCCUGUCCGGCGGCGCCAUUGCCGGCAUCGUUGUCGGAGUCCUCGUAGGCGUCUGCCUUCUGGCCGCCGCCGGCCUCGUGAUUUACCGCCGCAAGCAACAGCGGAUGAGAUUGCUGCGUCGGCACAACUCGGCGAGGGGUGUCAAGUGGGACGACCAGGUGGACAGGGACUCCCACAAUUCCACGAGGAGCGUGCAGAUGCAUAACUUGUCGACCUGA